CAUCCCAUCCUAGUCUCUUAUCACCACCCUCACCAUCUCCAGAGCAGUUCCAAUUCAUUAUGCGCGUGACCAUAUUUCAUGCUCUUCGCGAUCAACGAUAUAGCUUCUCGCCCCCACCUUUAUAUCUCUUAUCUCCUCAAUUUCCACUCCUCACCUCCACGAUGGCAGACCAACCCUCGGUCUCAAUCCGCAAAUACAUAAAAUGGGGCGACAACGCAUCAUCAGAACCAACCUCCACGCUCGUCCUCACCAGCCCCCUUAAAAACUUCAUCGACAUCCGCGUCCUCCUUCCCACCUCCCCGAUACUCGACCCCCCACCUCUAGAAUGGGCGUUCGCAGGAACUUCACACUCUACGCCCGCCUCCGCCGAGGGAGAUAAACCAGCACAUACGGUGUGGGAGCAUUGGGUUGAUAGCAAAGUUACCAACGCGGAAGAGGUUAAGGAUGAAGGGGACAUGUUUUUACAGGACAACGGUGAGGUGCUUGAAAGCGGGAAUAUGGUGAACCCGGAGACAGGGAAAGUGGAGAAAUACGAAGAGUGCUGGGUUGAUCUCGAUUUACAGGGGGGGAAAGUGGGAUGGGUGCUCAAGAUGGAGGAUGGAGAGAAGGGGAGUAGGGGAGUUGCUAUUAGGAUUGGGAGGUGGAUAGAAGGGAUAAUUAGACGGGGGGAGAAGGUUACGGUCGCGAGGUGGAAAUACAAGGACGAUGAGGGAGGCCCAGGGUGGAUACAAGAAGUGGCGAUUGGCAGGUUUGAUUAUCCGGAGAGAAUGUUUGGGAAGGACUUAGUGGAGGUCGGUAAAUGUUUUGAGGGGAUAAAGGGGGAGGUUUGGAAGGUUAUGGAGAGUUUUACCUGGAACUGAUGAUCCAAAGAGAGGUAUGUUGGGCGAGAUGUGGAACAUUAAAGAAGAAUGUUUGGAGGGGAGAAGAAGUUGAAGAAUCGUAUAUGAGAAUCACUUCUCCUGCAAAAUAUCACCAACCGACUUGCCCCAGCUUUCAGGUUCAAUCAUCCACUGAAUUAUC